AUGAGAGGCUCAACUAUCCGGCCCAAGGCGCAAUGCCUUCGUUCGCUUUCCAAGGGCCUGACUAAACGUCCUUCGGCCGGUCUACGAUAUGUCCCCGUUGCUGCUACUCUGGCGCCGUCUCUCCCGUCGCAACGAGCGUACUCGACACACCCGCCUCAUGCAAAGCUCAAUCUUCCUACCGACUAUUCGACAACUCCAUUGCUUGCGCAGACAUCCCAAUCGGCGCUCAACAACCCUGAGCUGUCUCCCGAAGUCCGCAAUGGCCCAACGAAGCGCAUGAACAUGUUCCAAGCUGUCAACGAUGCUCUAUCUAUUGCCCUCGCCCAAGACGAAUCGGUCUUGAUAUUUGGCGAGGACGUCGCCUUUGGUGGUGUCUUCCGCUGCACGGGAAAGCUUGCCGACACAUAUGGCGCCGACCGCGUCUUCAACACUCCGUUGUGCGAGCAGGGUAUUAUGGGCUUUGCCAUUGGCGUUGCUGCCGAGGGAAUGCGCCCUGUUGCCGAGAUCCAGUUUGCCGACUACGUAUACCCGGCUUUCGACCAGCUGGUGAACGAGGCUGCCAAGUUUAGAUACAGGGAUGGUUCCUGCGGGCGGAGUGCCGGGGGGUUGACGGUACGCAUGCCCUGCGGAGGUGUUGGUCAUGGUGGUCUCUACCACACACAGUCGCCGGAGAGCUUGUUCACACAUAUUCCAGGAUUGCGAGUGAUCAUGCCCAGAUCACCCAUCCAGGCCAAGGGCUUGCUGUUAUCCGCCAUUCGCAGCAAUGACCCAUGUGUCUUCAUGGAACCCAAGAUCCUCUACCGUGCUGCCGUUGAGCAGGUGCCCACCGGGUCCUAUACGCUACCAUUAUCCAAGGCUGAAGUGCUGAAGGAAGGAAAGGAUGUGACCAUCAUCUCAUACGGUCAACCCCUAUACAAAUGCAUGGAUGCGUUGCAAAAGGCCGAGAAGGACUUUGGUGUCUCAGUGGAAUUGAUUGACCUCCGAACGGUCUAUCCAUGGGACAAGGAGACCGUAUUCCAGAGUGUCAGGAAGACGGGGCGCUGCAUCGUGGUUCAUGAAUCCAUGGUCAAUGCCGGCAUUGGUGCCGAGGUGGCCGCUGCCAUCCAAGAGGACUCGGAAACCUUUGUUAGACUCGAAGCUCCUGUGGCUCGAGUUGCUGGAUGGAGCAUUCACACGCCUCUCAUGUUCGAGGCCCUUAACAUUCCGGAUGUUGCGAGGAUAUAUGCCAACAUCAAGAAGGUGUUGAACUUUUGAUGAUGAGCGGGAAAAAAGGAAGAAGAUGGGCAAGUCGUAGCGGGGCGUUUAUAAUAGGCGAGUUCGGUUCUGGCGGGUGCCGUCUUGUAAAUACCGACAAAUACUUGAUCUUGUAACGAUGCCUGUUAAAGGCAACUCAA